GAGGCUUCAGCUGGGGGCUGCGCGCACUGACGUACUGACCUUUCAGUCUCCUUCGGGUCUGCGCUAGAGAGCAGUACUCGUCCCAUCAUGGCACCAAGGAAGUUCUUCGUGGGGGGGAACUGGAAGAUGAACGGGGAUAAGAAGAGCCUAGGCGAGCUGAUCCACACCCUAAACAGCGGCAAGAUCCCGGUGGACACUGAGGUUAUUUGCGGAGCCCCCUCCAUUUACCUUGAUUUCACGCGUCAGAAGCUUGAUGCAAAGAUUGCGGUUGCAGCACAAAACUGUUAUAAGGUGCCAAAGGGAGCUUUCACGGGAGAGAUCAGCCCAGCAAUGAUAAAAGACAUUGGAGCCACCUGGGUGAUCCUGGGCCACUCAGAGCGAAGACAUGUUUUUGGGGAGUCUGAUGAGCUGAUUGGGCAGAAGGUGGCCCAUGCCCUGGCUGAGGGUCUUGGUGUCAUCGCCUGCAUUGGCGAGAAACUGGAUGAGAGAGAAGCUGGCAUCACAGAGAAGGUGGUUUUUGAACAGACCAAAGUGAUUGCUGAUAACGUGAAGGACUGGAGCAAGGUGGUUCUUGCCUAUGAGCCAGUUUGGGCAAUUGGAACCGGUAAAACUGCAACUCCCCAGCAGGCUCAGGAAGUUCAUGAGAAGCUGAGGGGGUGGCUAAAAAGUCAUGUGUCUGAAGCUGUCGCUCAGUCCACUCGGAUCAUCUAUGGAGGUUCAGUCACAGGUGGUACCUGCAAGGAACUGGCCUCCCAGCAUGACAUAGACGGCUUCCUCGUUGGUGGCGCCUCCCUCAAGCCUGAAUUCCUGGACAUUAUCAACGCAAAACACUGAACCGAUCCAUAGAUCCCAAAAGGGAAAACUGUCAUGGAGGGGAAGGAAGGAGAAAUAAAGAAACUAUAAGGAAGCUCACCCCUUGCCCCUUCACCCAUGACUCCUCUCCCCCCAUUCACUGUAACUGUUCCUGCUGCUAGCUGCUGUCACCCUGCUGGAUUCUGAUUGGCAGAGAGCCUUUUUCCAGAGGCAGGGUUUUAUUAGUCUCCACCUCUUGCCUACCCUCCCACCCUCUUAAGUGGGCAAAAUUCAGUGUAAGCUUGUGGGUGGGUCUGGCUGGCUGUGCCCAUGUGCCUGGUAAACCAAUCAGAGUCCAUGGCCUGUCUCUGUCCCUCCCUUCCAUCCAUCUUCCUUUGCAGUGGUGCCAGUGCUGCAAUAAGGAGGUCACUUGGGCUGGGGAGAGGAGAGGAGGAAAGGCUGCCUCUUGCACCAGGCAGCCUGUGGUUUGACCGGAUGGGAGGGAGUGCCUGGCAGCUGACAUCCCUGUGAGACAUUGUAGCUUUUCCAUGUCCCUUAACAAACACUGAAUAGAAAUAAACAUGUGGCACCGGA